AUGUUAGCCCGAGCAGCAGCCCCAAAGUCCCGCCUUGGCCGCUAUCGCCUGUUAGCCCCCACUGCUGGCGUCAAGGUGAGCCCACUAUGCCUGGGUGCAAUGAACUUCGGUGAUGGCUGGAAUGAACGCCUCGGCGAAUGCAACAAAGAAACAUCUUUCCAGAUUCUGGAUACAUACUACGAGAACGGCGGCAACUUCAUAGAUACAGCCAAUAACUACCAAGCCGAAGAAUCCGAAAAAUGGAUCGGCGAGUGGAUGGAAGCCCGCGGCGUGCGCGACCAAAUCGUCCUCGCAACGAAGUAUACUUCGCCGUAUCGCGCUCACAACAAGUCCGAGAUCCAGGCAAACUUCGUGGGCAAUAAUGCCAAGAGCAUGAAGCUUUCUGUGGAAGCAAGUCUGAAGAAAUUGCGGACGGAUUAUAUUGAUCUGCUCUACGUCCACUGGUGGGAUUUCAGCACCUCCAUCGAGGAAGUCAUGACCUCGCUCAACCAGCUAGUCUUAUCUGGAAAGGUUCUGUACUUGGGUAUCAGUGAUACACCCGCAUGGAUCGUGACCAAGGCGAACCAAUACGCACGCGAUCACGGCCUCCGUCCCUUCUCCGUCUACCAAGGUAAAUGGAACGCCGCCACGCGCGAUUUCGAGCGCGACAUCAUCCCUAUGGCGGCGUCGGAGGGAAUGGGCCUUGCACCGUGGGCGGCUCUCGGUGGCGGCGUAUUCAGGACAACCGCACAGCGGGAAGAGAUUGCGCGGAGUGGGAAGAACCCAGGACGACAGACUCCCGCGACGGAGCGGGAUAUUGCCGUGUCGAAGGUGUUGGAGGCUGUUGCUGAGAGACACGGCACUGCGUUAACUAGCGUUGCGUUGGCGUAUGUGAUGCGCAAGGCGCCGUAUGUGGUUCCGAUUGUCGGAGGGCGUAAGGUUGAGCAUUUGUUGGGUAAUAUUGAGGGGCUUGGGGUUGACUUGUCGGAUGAGGAUGUGAGGGAAAUCGAGGGAGCUUAUGAGUUCGAUGUUGGGUUCCCGAUGAACUUUUUGUCUCGGGGGGAUGAUGUUCCUGAGGCGCAUCCGGGAAGUUCGUCCUUCAUGAAUGCGACGGCCAAGUUUGAUUAUCCUGACUUGGUGAGGGCGGUUGGACCGAGGAAGUUGGAUGAUUGA